AUGGUGGAAGAAGAUGAAUACGCUUGUGUAAACAAGGCACAGCUUAAAAUUAAGGAUAAUUCAGGAAUUAAAAAGAAAAAAAAGAAGAAAUCAAAAAAAGAAACAGAGAAAACUAUCGUUAGCGAAGUGAAACAACAAAUAAAGCAACAAAAAAAUACUGAUUCAAAAACUAAAGCUGAGCUUGCUUUUCUUAAGAUGCAGGAAAAAAUGGCCAGUAAAAAGUCUAAAGAAACUGACCCAGAGAAGCAGAAAGCACCUGGAUAUAAAAGUCAGACUGUCACUGAGGAAAAGAAACAGACGAAUAAAAAAAAAUAUUGCAGACAACUAAAAUUUGAAGAGUAUAAUAAAACGCGUAAGUGCUCUUCAACUGCGCCUGUAAUAUCACGACGUAUUACUGAAGAUGAAGAAAACUAUGACCCUGAGGAAGUUUUCGCAGCUCUUACAGAUACCAUGCAGCAUAUCCACAGUACGGACUUACUUUCGAAUGACGAUGCAGCAUCAGGAGUUUCUCACAGUAUGGACAUAUCUGCGAUUAAUGAUACCGUUCGAGAUAAUUGGCAAGUUUAUCUCGAUCCUUCGCAGACUGGAACAACAAGUCCUCGCAGUAUGGACUUACCUUCGAAUGAUGAUUCAGCUCCAGGAGUCCCUCGCAAUAUGGACUUACCUUCGAAUGAGGAUUCAGCUCCAGGAGUCCCUCGCAGUGUGGACUUACCUUCGAAUGAUGAUCCUGCUCCAGAAGUCCCUCGCAAUAUGAACUUACCUUCGAUUGACGAUCCAGCUCCAGGAGUCUCGCAGUGUGGACUUACCUUCGAAUGA